AUGUCAUCUUCUUCACUCGAUUCCCCUUCGAGUGUUCCUACUGUGAACGUGGUGCCUGAAGCUUCACCUGCACAGAAACAGGCUCAGGCUGAAACCAAAGCAAAUGUCACUCCCUUGCCCAGUUUGCCCACAACCCAGCUCCAGACAGACCUCAAGACCACCAAGACAUCUGAAGUCUUUGAUACUAUUCAGGCUGCUCAGGCAAAAGAACUCGUUACUGAAAAGCAAAUGGAGCCACCCGGAAGCUACUCUAGCCAGCCAAAGGGACUUCCAGACUGGUAUCGCGUUGGAUGGACUGCGUUUUCUAACCUACCCAAUCCUGGCGACGAGGAAGCCAUGUCAAAGAUCCCGGAUAACUUUGGACCUGAAGCAUUGGCAGCUCUGUUUAACAGUCCUGGCCGUCCCACAUUCAGUGACGCGAACCAAGAAGAUCUGGUCUCCCAAUUCCUCAGUGAGGCAUAUUAUGGAGAAUGGUAUCAUAACACAGCCGUCAUGCUGUUUACUGUUGUCUUUACCUGGUUAAUCACCCGGUUUGGAGGCGGUUUGAUGGCUUGUCUUGUUAUUGGAGCUUUUCUUGCUACCUAUCACCAAACAUCUAUCCGCCGUCUUAGACGUAAUGUACGAGAUGACAUCAAUCGUGAAAUGAUGGUUAGCCGUCUUGAGACAGACGCCGAGUCUGCAGAUUGGAUCAAUCACUUCUUGGCCCGUUUCUGGCUUAUCUACGAGCCUGUGUUGUCGGCCCAGAUUAUCGGCACUGCUGAUGCAAUUUUGAUUGAAAGCACACCCUCAUUCCUUGACUCUAUCCGCCUCAGCACAUUCACCCUUGGUACCAAGGCACCUCGUAUUGAAAGCAUCAAGACAUAUCCCAAGACCGAGCCUAAUGUUGUGUGCAUGGACUGGAAAUUGUCCUUUGUCCCCAAUGAUGUACUCGAUCUCUCUAAACGCGAAGUCCAGUCUAAAGUCAACCCCAAGAUCGUUCUGUCCAUUCGCGUGGGAAAGGGCAUGGUCGGUGUAGAAAUGCCAGUCCUGUUGGAAGAUAUCGCGUUCAGUGGUACUCUCCGUCUCAAGUUCAAGUUGUUCAAUGAAUUCCCUCACGUCAAGACUCUCGAGGCCUCUUUCCUCGACAAGCCUAUGUUUGAUUACGUACUCAAGCCUGUUGGUGGCGAAACCUUGGGCUUUGACAUCAACAGUAUUCCCGGAUUGCAAUCAUUUGUACAGGACCAAGUCCAUGCCACACUCGGACCGAUGAUGUAUGCCCCCAACGCAUAUUUGCUCGAUGUCGCAGGCAUGAUGGCAGGUGGUGUUGAUUUAGACUCGGCCAAUGGCGUACUUGGAUUGACCUUGUACUCGGCUAUUAACCUCAAGGGAUCCGAUAUGUUUGGCAGUCUGGAUCCGUAUGUCACCUUCCAUAUCGGCAAUACCAUCAACACAGAGGUCGGCCGUUCUUCCGCUCACGAAGACACCUCCAACCCCAAGUGGGACGAAACCCACUUUUUGCUUCUCAAUACCCUCACAGAACCCCUCUUUUUGCAGGUCAUGGACCGCAACGUUGGUCGCAAGGAUACUAUCGUUGGUGUGGCCACAUUCGACCUUAAGCAGCUCGAGGCCGAUUCCCAGGCAGAAGGUCUUUCUCUUGUUGUCACACGAGGUGGCAAGCCUGUCGGUGAAAUCAAAUGUGAUCUGCGUCACUUCCCAAUCUCGCUUCCCGAAAAACUUGAGGACGGCACUGUCACACCCCCAGCCGAGUCCAAUAGCGGUGUCUUGCGUUUCAUGCUACACGAGUGCAAGGAACUUGGUGCUGAAAAGAAGGGUGGCUUCGGUCUUCCCUUGGUCGGUGGUGGAUCCGACACGGAUGCCUAUGCUAUCUUCAAGGUCAAUGGUGUCGAGAAGUUGCGCACCAUGGUCUUCAAGCGUAGUGUCAACCCUCGCUGGUUCAAAUGGGUCGAAGUAUUUGUGGCCGACAAGACCCAACUCAAUCUAUCUGUCGAGGUUAUGAACUCCAAGGAAUUCUCGGAUGACGAGUGUAUCGGUCGCUUUGAGUCGCGUAUGGUCGAUAUGGAAGAGCAGAUCACCAAGAACAGUCAAGACUGGUGGCAGCUCAAGGACGGUACUGGCAAAAUUCACUUGGGCGCUAUCUGGAAGCCUGUCGCCAUGACUGGUUUCGAUGGUGGCCUUGGUCAUGGAUCUUACCGCGAGCCUGUUGGUGUUGUACGCAUCAACGUAUUUAGUGCAGAAGAAAUCAAAAACGUCGAAGCUUUGACCGGUGGCAAGUCUGACCCCUAUGUUCGUGUCAUGUCUGGUACACAAGUCCGUGGUCAAACCGAAUACAUUGAUGAUGAGUUGAAUCCUGUAUGGAACACUCCUCUCUAUGUACCCAUUCAUUCCAUUCGCGAGGAUCUUGUUCUCGAAGUUAUGGACUUUAAUGACAUCCAGAAGGAUAAAUUCCUUGGCCUUGCCGAAAUAUUCCUCAAAGACAUCGUCAAGGAGGUUACAACUGAGAAUAAACAAGUUGUAUAUGAAGGCCUCGAACCUGUUGACAGGCAGGGUACCUUACAUUACUCCGCAUCAUUCUUUCCUACACUUGAGCUUGCCAAGAUUGCCGAGGUUACUGAAGCUGAAUCCAAGGAGCCUGUAGAGGGUGAAACUCCUGCUGAAGAAGAUGAUACCCCCAAAGAACCCGCGCCUGUUGUUGAUACCCACCCUGAGAAGGAUGUCCAUGGAGAGGUUAUCAAAUAUACUCAAGACAACUCUCAAAUCAACUUGUUGGCCUAUGAAUCUGGCAUCCUCAAGGUUACUGUUCACACUGUCAGCCUAAAGGAAAAGGUCAAUGCCACUAUCGAUAUCUUGAUUGACUCCAAUGAUCCCCAGUUCCGUACUGCCCAGGCUAAGGGUACCAGACUGGCCAUUAACGAGACUGGUGAUGUGUUUGUAAAAGAGAUGGACUUCUCACGUGUCACAGUCCGUGUGAAGCCUGUCAAAGAAGACAAGGACGAUUCUAACGCUGGUUACUGGGUCAGCCCAGUCCGCGAUCUGGUUCGUGACGUACAAGCCCGUCGUGCCAAGGCUGAUUCCGAGACUGAUGAUGGAAGCAAGGAAUAUAAGCUACUCGAAGCUGAAGGCGGUGGAACCAUUCGUCUCAGCUUUGACUUUAUUCCUGUUGUCAAAUUUACUUUAGACCCCAGUGAAAGCCUUGAGAACCAAGGUAACCUGACUGUCACUGCCUUAAAGGCUACCAACCUUAAGGGUAUUGAUCGCUCAGGAACUAGCGAUCCUUAUGUCGUCUUUUCCAUGAAUGAUGUCAAGCUCCACAAGACCGAGGUCCAUAAGAAAGAGUUGAACCCUGUAUUCAGAAACGAAGUCUUUACUGUUCCUGUUCUCCAGCGUAUUGGUGCUGUAUUGAUUGCCGAAGUAUUUGAUUGGGAUCAGAUUGGCAAGAAUGAAUUGAUCGGUCGCGCCGAAAUCACUUUUGCUGGUGACUUGGUUGAAAGUUUUGCUGCAAAGGAUAUCGAGGUCUCUCUUGGUAGCGAUUCCAAGCUCCGUGUUCGUCUCUUGUGGCAACCCCAGUUGUUGGCUCGUAAGCGCACUGGAACAAACAUUUUCUCUGCCACAACUCGUAUUUUCACUUCUGCUCCUGGUGCUGCAGUCGGUGCCGGUCUUGGUGCCGGUGGAAAGGUUCUUGGUGGUGGUGUCAAGGUUCUUGGUGGUGGUGUCAAGGCUAUUGGUGGUGGUAUCCGUGGUAUCGGAAAGCUCGGCAGCGGUAGCAGUAGCAAGAAGAGUAACACUUCUGAUAACGUACCUCCUGUACCUUCUAUCCCUUCCCCACCUCAGGUUUCAUCUCCUCUGUCCAGUGAGCCCUCUCCUUCUACGCCUGAGCCUAGACGCAUGAGUGUGUCUCCUCAGAAUUCUUCUAUUGAUCCCAGUAUCUCUAAUGACUCUUACUCCAUUCAACAUUCUCAGACAAGACGCUCAGAGGACAGUAGCAUGAACGUUGGUGGUAGCAUCAGUAUUAGCUUAUUGGGUGCUCGUAACCUCAAGGCCAUGGAUCGUGGAGGAACUAGCGAUCCUUAUGCUCGUGUUCGUAUUGGUAGCAAGAUGAUCGGAAAGACUCGUCACAUCAAGAAGACUCUUACCCCUGAAUGGAAUGAGACUUUUACUGCUCGUGUCAGCAGUAGCAAAACUGUCCUCGACUUCAAGGUCAAGGACCACAACACUCUCAAUGACGUUGAUAUUGGAGAUGUUACAAUCGAUCUCUGGGAUAACCUUCGUGCUGGACAACCAUUCGACGGUUGGUUGGCUUUGAAGCCUGCAGGCACAGGUGAGAUCCAUGUGCGUAUCGAACAAGGCCGUUGA